GUUUACUUCCUGCGGGCGAAGAGAUUGGGGUAGGAUCACUUGCUGUUGUUCUUCCAAUCGGAGAGGAUGGCCUUGGAGACGGUGCCGAAGGACCUGCGGCAUCUGCGGGCUUGUUUGCUGUGUUCCUUGGUCAAGGUGUCCGUCGGGGACCUUACUAUAGACCAGUUUGAAUAUGACGGUUGUGACAAUUGUGAUGCAUAUUUACUGAUGAAGGGUAACCGAGAGAUGGUAUAUGAUUGCACCAGCUCUUCCUUUGAUGGAAUCAUUGCAAUGAUGAGUCCAGAGGACAGCUGGGUCUCUAAGUGGCAGCGAGUCAGUAACUUUAAGCCAGGUGUGUAUGCGGUGUCAGUCACUGGUCGCCUGCCCCAAGGAAUCGUGCGGGAGCUGAAAAGUCGAGGAGUGGCCUACAAAUCCAGAGACACAGCUAUAAAGACCUAGCAAGAUAAGAUGCAGGGCUGCCAGCAUCUUUGCUGUCCACUGCCCGCCUCUGCUUAGUUUUGUUGUGGAACUAAAUGGACAGAACGUCAAAUACUCUCCACCUCCAACUCCAAGACUCAACAACAGUAGCACAUCAUGUUCCUGGGCCAUUUUACCAUCUUUGGACUACUGGUGGGGGGUGAGAGGGGUUUGGGUUGGUGGAUUAACAGACUGAAUUGAGGGAAGAGUAGGAUGCUGGUUUUCCUUCUUACAGCCCAGGGCUGUGCCCUUGUCCACGGGCAGGACUCUGGGUCAAAUGACAAUAAACAUGGGCCCCUAGAAAGUU